AUGCCAGGUCAAAAGUAUGUACGACCUAAAGGAUGUGCAAUCUGCACUGACGGCAAGACUUGGGAUCGAGGACCUUGGCGCUCGGAAACUAAGAAGAAGUCUCCGUUCCAGUGGCACGUCAAAGAAGUUCAUCCUGAUCGACUUGGCGAUUGGAAAGAGAUCAUGGUAGAGUUGCCGAGAAAGCCAACACCACGGUUUCAAGAGGAGCUGGACGAACAAGGUGGGAGCUUCCAGAUCUUUGAGGACGGGCAGGAGGGUCAGAACGAGGACAAUGGACCAUCUGCUAUUGGUGUCAAGGAGACACGAUCGAAGAAGAGGAGGGAGCGAGUCGCGGACGAAACACCUAGCCAAGCUGAGACAAAAAAGUGCAAGAGAACAAGCACAACAACUACAACUGCCGCAAAAGACGAGACAGUCCUAUCUAAAGUCGCACCAUCUUCAUUAGCAAGAGCUUCCCCUCCACUUUCUGCACCAAUCCCGAUCAACUUUGAAGAUACAAAGAAGCCUAGCAAAGGCAAGGCAAGUACAAAGAGAAAACGCGAAGACGCAGCAGAAUUGACCGAAAACGAACCAAAACCGCAAUCAAAACCGAAAUCGAUAUCACAGCCAAAAUCGAAGAAGCAGCUGGCGAAGGACCGACAGGCCGCGCUUCAUACCUCAAGACCCGAUAUAACCACACCAGAGCCAGAACAAAUUACUGCAUUAUCUAUGAUUCCUGGAUCUACACUCAAAAAUGACAACCAUCUUUACGCAGACAUCGAUGACUCUGCUGCUCUCACUGGCACUCUCGGUCCCGAACUCCAACAUCUAGCCAUAUUCGCCUUCCAGAUCACGAAUGGCAACACUAUCAAACUAUCACUUGAAAACAUCUCACCUCAGCCUCUGGACGAGCCUCGUCUCGUUCCCUACCUGAUCGCAAAAAGCCGCUACUUCAGUGGUCGACACCCUAUCAGCUCCAUUCGCGACAUGGAAGCACCAGCACGGCUCUCUACCCUCUUCCACGACGCUUCAUCAGCCCCUCCCGUGACUUUCGACCUCGAUCCUGACACCGACCAAGAUAAUUUCGACAUGAAAGCUCAAGCUGGCGAAUUAGGAAAUGAGAUUCAAGAGUUGGUACAGAAAGCUUUUCCAACCGAAGAUGGCGAGCAGAUCGUUGAGGUAGGGGGAGAGAUGGAUGAGGGUGCUGUGAGAGAGAAGACACGUCACGUGGUGAGGUAUCUGUUGGCGAAGAUCCAACUGUUUCGGGAACCGAGUAUGGUGGAUUGUGUGGCAGUGACGGAGCAGGAAGCGAGUACUCCUAAGCAAGGAAAACGAAAGAGGUCUCUCGGCACUGCUGAUGGCCUAGGGAAGGGAAAGAGAUGGAGUUUAGUGCCAGAGAAGCCAAUGACUUAUCGAAGUAUCUUUGAGGGACUGGAUAUCAAGAGAUAG